AAACCCUAACCCCUCAAUUCUUCACUUUGUUCCCUUCAUUUCCUAUUUACGUUCGCUUCUUUCGCCCGUUUCCAAAAGCAUUCCCUCUCGUUCACCUCUCUGCGUUACUCUCUUUUCCACUACCAUGGCCAGCGGGGAUUCCGACUCGCCGCUAACCUCUCCUUCUCUGGAGAAGCAGUUCGAGAAGUUCCGAGUCCAGCUAGAAGAUUCUGAUAGCUUACGUGAACACAUACGCGCCAUCGUUAUGGAAAUUGAGUCGGCCACUCGACUCAUGCAACCUAGCCUCGUCCUCGUUCACCAAUCUAAACCAAUUCCCCAGGUUUUAGAGAAGGCAAAUGCUCAGAUUAAUGUUCUAAAGGAUCUUUACAACAAACUUGCUGAAGUUGUUAGGGAAUGCCCUGGACAAUAUUGCAGAUAUCAUGGGGACUGGAGGAGUGAAACUCAAAUGGUAGUUUCUUUGCUUGCCUUUAUGCAUUGGUUGGAAACUGGAAAUCUGCUUAUGCAUACUGAAGCCGAGGAAACACUGGGAUUGAAUGAUUUGGAUUUUGCUUUAGAUCUGGAGGAUUAUCUUGUUGGUAUUUGUUUCAUGUCAAAUGAAAUGCUAAGAACCAUAUCAGCAACUUGCUCUGUCUCAGGCUUUCUGAACUGGCAAAUGCUCUCUUGCUGCUCUAUUCUUCUUAUGACCUUUUAGUCAGGUGUUUGCUGUUCGGUGAAACUGCAAAUUACAGAUAACUUGUUACAAUGUAUGUGAUAAUUCCUAAUGAAACAUUAUGGAAAUUGAAUAACUAGUGGAAUGCGCAUCUCUGAUGAUGUUGUUGAUGAUUUGUUAACCUACAAUUAAAGUAACUGGGAAAAUGUGGGAAAAAGCCAUAACACGACAUCAAUUGUAUUUCACUUUUCCAGCCAAGAUAUGUGGUGAACCAAGUUACUGCUGGUGACUAUGAUUGCCAAGAAAGGUGUUGAGGUUCUUGACAGAUCUCCAUGCAGCCUUCCGGAUGCUUAAUCUCCG